AUGUCGCAAUCAGUCGCCUCUAGGACAUCAUCGUCGCACCAACCUAGACCGGAGUCCGUUGAUUUGGAUGUCUCAAAAGAUGCAAACCACAGCUCCCAUGCAUUGACUGAGGAGCCCAAAUCUCAAUUGGACACCCUGAUCUCGUAUCUAGUUGCCGCGAAAAGGUCUCUGUCAUCCAUAUAUCACGUUUCUCGAGCGAAUGAAAUAGUCAACACAGCUCGGAAUGCCCUGGAAGAAAGCGUUGUAAUAUCUGCAAAAACAGGAUUCCUGAGACGAGGGCAGAAGAACCAAAUUCGUUUGUUAUAUAAUGUGCGCGGUGAGAUAGAGAAUAUAUCCCACCGAGGACGAGCCGAGUUUGCCAGCGUGCUGAAGGAGCUCGAUCAAGUCGACGAACGUCUACGUCAGACACUUGAUAUGCUACGACAGACAGUUGUUCAUUUCUCUUUUCGUCCAGAUGGCGAAGCCGCAAAAAGUCUCCACGACUUUGUAGAUGAACGCGGUGUAGAGGAGCUGCAGAUUGUCCUAAAGGCCGCCAUUGACCGAACUAACACUGCCCAAUCCCAACUUGACACCUCCAGCUCGAAAUUCGAUCAAGAAAUGCGGUCCUUACAGCAUGCUCUGGGUAGGUAUCGAAACACAAUGGAGCUCGCCUCCUCACGAUCCUCAUUAUCGACGUCCUCUCCUGGCGCAUCUAAUCCUGGAUUGCCACUACUGUCGACCAUACCGUCAAUGCUUCGAUCAUUAGAAUCCCAUGCCCAGGAAAUGGCAGACCUGCUUGAAUCCUUAGUCCAUCAUUUUGAUAGAUGCGUAACGGCCGUCAAACAUACCGAAGGUGGUGGAGCUGCUGCGCGAUCCAUUACAGGUGAUAUGCCUCAGGGUCUGAAUGUUUCCCUUGGGAAAGACGCUGCGGAUGGACCUGAUCCCAACUUCAAUGAUACCGUUGAUCCGAUGACGGAAUCGGAUUAUGAAGACAUGUUGGGUGUUCUUACUAAGGAUGCAGCAGAAGCUGAAGAUGUGGUCCUCGAAAUCCAAGAGCGCAGCAGCGAAAUGGAAACAAUUUUAGAAAGUGUUCUUGCGCAUCGAGAUUCCGUGGCAACUAUUUAUAAAGCCACGACGGAGAUUUUUGAUCAUUUGUCCACACUCGCGAAUAAUCGUCUACCAGAAUUUAUUUCACAGGCCCACGCCUUCACGCAGGUCUGGAAUGAAGAGCAUGAACGUAUCCGAACAGGUAUGGCAGAUCUUGCAGACCUACGAUCUCUUUAUGUCGGGUUUCUUGAUGCAUAUGAUGGACUCAUCCUGGAAGUUUCCCGCCGGAAGCAUAUGCGUCAAGGUAUAGAGCGAGUGCUCCGAGAGGCCCGUGCUAAAUUGGACCAGCUGUAUGAGGAGGACAUCAAUGCUCGCGAAGCAUUUAGAAUUGAGCAGGGAGAUUAUCUUCCAUCAGAUAUAUGGCCGGGCCUUGGCCGCGCGCCAAUGAGGAUUAAGUUCUCCAAACAAUCUGGCGGGAAGCUGCCUGCCGUGACCGGUCAUGACGACGUGAAUGAGGCUACAGCUUCGGGGACCGCUGUAGAGGAUGAUCAGUCUGCAGAUGACGGAGACUACAUCCCAGAUUUGCCGAAAAAUAUCGUCGAUGAGGCUAUUGCGCGACUAAAAUCCCGGGCUAAAGAGGAAGCAAUUGAAUAA